AUGUCUACAAUGAAGAACCCUACUUCGUCGUCUUCUAAGGCAUUGUUUAGCCACAUCAAGUACGAGCACCUGGUAGCUGGUAUAUCAGGUGGCGUGACUUCCACACUCAUAUUGCACCCUUUGGAUUUAAUUAAAAUUAGAUUUGCUGUUAACGACGGCAGGACCGCAACAGUUCCUAGGUACGAUGGGCUCGGGAGUGCAUUUGUCACUAUUGUUAAGAAGGAGGGAGUGAAAGGACUGUAUAGAGGCGUCACACCUAACGUUUGGGGAUCAGGCUCCGCAUGGGGCUUCUACUUUUUAUUUUAUAACGCAAUAAAAACAUGGAUCCAAGGUGGGAAUGCGCGUACACCGCUCGGUCCUGGCCUGCACAUGCUGGCUGCGGCAGAAGCUGGAGUACUGUCCCUUGUGAUGACCAACCCCAUAUGGGUGGUGAAGACCCGUCUCUGUCUUCAGUACAGCGGGGAACAUCUGGCUGAGCACAAACGGUACAAGGGCAUGAUCGAUGGCCUCAUGAAGAUCUACAGGACCGAAGGGAUCCGGGGACUAUACAGAGGCUUCGUUCCCGGUAUGUUUGGCGUGUCUCAUGGUGCGCUGCAGUUCAUGACGUACGAAGAGAUGAAGAAUAGGUACAACCAGUACAGGAAUCUGCCGAUUGACAUCAAAUUGACGUCAGUGGAGUACCUAACGUUCGCUGCGAUCUCUAAGCUGAUAGCCGCGGGCGCGACAUACCCGUACCAAGUGGUGCGUGCGCGCCUACAGGACCAGCACCGCAGCUACGACGGCGCCUGGCACUGCAUCAACGAGACAUGGAGACAUGAAGGCUGGCGUGGUUUCUACAAGGGGCUCAAGCCGAGUAUAGUUCGUGUAUUACCAGCCACGAUGGUAACCUUCUUAACUUAUGAGAAUGUAUCGCAUUAUAUGCUAAAUAGGUCGCGCGAAGUAACGCUGUCUACAUAA